AUGUGGGUAGCUUCCAGGUGUCCUGCAUGGGAGCAGCACCCAGGAUUUCUGCUCAGGCUGAACGACAAUGGUUAUGAAGGCCUUGUCAUUGCUAUAGAUUCUGGUGUGCCAGAAGAUGGAAAACUAAUUGAAAAAAUAAAGGCCGAUGUUAGAGUUGCAGCACCAGCCCUCCCAGGCAGAGAUAAACCUUACACCAGGCAAUUCACAGAGUUUGGGGAAAAAGGAGAAUAUACUCAUUUUACCCCUGACUUUAUACUAGGAAGAAAACACAAUGAGUAUGGACCAUCAGGUAAAGUGUUUGUCCAUGAGUGGGCCCAUCUCCGCUGGGGAGUGUUUGAUGAGUACAAUGAAGAGAAGCCUUACUACUUCUCCAAGUCAAAAAAAAUUGAAGCAACAAGGUGUUCCAUAGGUAUCACCGGCAGAAAUAGAGUUUAUAUAUGUCAAGGAGACAAUUGUUUAAAUAGAUCAUGUAAAAUUAAUUCUACAACCAAAUUAUAUGAAAAGAACUGUCAAUUCUUACCUGAUAAAAUCCAAACAGAAAAGGCAUCCAUAAUGUUUAUGCAAAGUUUUGAUUCUGUUGUUGAAUUCUGUAAUGCAAAAAACCAUAACCAAGAAGCUCCAAGCCUACACAAUAUAAAGUGCAAUUUCAGAAGUACAUGGGAAGUAAUCAGCAAUUCUGAGGAUUUUAAAAACACUGUGCCUAUGGUGGCACUGCCCCCUCCACCUGCCUUCUCAUUGCUGAGGAUCAGUGAAAGAAUUGUGUGUUUAGUUCUUGAUAAGUCUGAAAACAUGAAGGAUUUUAACCGGCUAAAUCGAAUGAAUCAAGCAGCCAAAUAUUUCCUUCUUCAAACCAUUGAAAAUGGAUCCUGGGUAGGAAUAGUUGAGUAUGAUAUCACUGCCCAAAUCAAAAGUCAGCUAGUUCAAAUAAUAAGCAACAAUGAAAGAGGAAAGCUCUUAGAGAGCUUACCUACAGAAGCUUCAGGAGGAAUUUCCAUCUGCUCUGGAAUUGAAGCUGCAUUUCAGGUAAUUAGAGAAAAAUACCAUCAAUUAGAUGGAUCUGAAAUAAUACUGGUGACUGCUGGAGAGGACAAAAAUGCAAGGAAUUGCAUAGACAAAGUGAAACAAAGUGGGGUCAUCAUUCAUUCUAUUGCAUUAGGACCAUCUGCUGACACAAUAUUAAUGGAGAUGAGCAUAAUAACAGGAGGAAGUCAUUGUUUUGCCUCAGAUGAAGCCCAGAGCAACAGUCUCAUUGAUUCUUUCAGGACCUCUGGAUUAGGAAACACAGAUAUCUCCCAGCAGUCUCUUCAGCUUGAAAGUAAGGGAUUAGCACUGAACAACAAUCCCUGGAUGAAUGGCUCUCUAGUAAUUGAUAGCACAGUGGGAAAAGACUCAUUCUUUUUCAUCACAUGGGAUAAUCAGCCUCCUACUAUUUCUCUCUGGGAUCCUAAUGGAACACUGAUGAGAAGUUUCAUAGUGGACAGUCAUUCCAAAAUGGCCUAUCUCAGUAUUCCAGGAAAUGCACGGGUGGGCAUAUGGACUUACAGUCUUCAGGCCAAAGCAAACCCAGAAACACUAACAAUGACAGUAACCUCUCGGGCAGCAAAUUCUUCUGUGCCUCCAAUCACAGUGAAUGCUAAAAUGAACAAAGACACAAACAGUUUCCCCAGCCCGAUGAUCAUUUAUGCACAAGUUCUACAAGGAUAUGUCCCCAUUAUUGGAGCCAGUGUGACUGCUUUUAUUGAAUCAAACAGUGGAAAAACACAAGUUUUGGAACUUUUGGACAAUGGUGCAGGUGCUGAUUCUUACAAGGAUGAUGGGGUAUACUCCAGGUACUUCACAGCUUAUGAAGAAAAUGGAAUAUAUAGCUUAAAAGUACAAGCUUAUGGAGGAACAAAUACUGCCAUGAGAAGCUUAAAACACCCACUGAAUACUGCUUCACGUCUCUCAGGCUGGGUAGUCAAUGCUAAAAUUGAAGAGAAUCUACCAAGUCCUGAAAAUGAUGAGGAUACUCAAACAUUUUUGGAGAGUUUCAGCAGAACAGCAUCUGGAGGUGCAUUUGUGGUAUCCCAAGUUCCACAGCUUCCUUUGCCUGACCAGUUUCCACCAAGUCAAAUCACAGACCUUGAUGCCACAGCUGAGGGGAAUCAGAUCAAUCUAACAUGGACAGCACCAGGAGAUAAUUUUGAUGUUGGAAAAGUUCAACAGUAUAUCAUAAGAAUAAGUAGAAGUAUUAUGGAUCUAAGAGACAAUUUUGAUGAUGCGCUUCAAGUUAAUACUACCAACCUGUUACCAAAAGAGGCCAACUCCAAGGAAACCUUUGCAUUUAAACCAGGAAACAUCUCAGAAGAAAAUGCAACCCACAUAUUCAUUGCCAUUCAAAGUGUAGAUAAAAGCAAUUUGAUAUCAAAAGUAUCCAACAUUGUACGUGUAGCUUUGUUUAUCCCCCAAGCAGAUCCUGGUCCUGAUGAAAGCCAACCAAACCCUGGAGUUAACAUUUCUACCUUGAUGUUGUCAGUGGUUGGAUCUGUGGUAGUUGUUAGUAUUAUUUUAAGUACCACCAUUUAUAUUUUAAAGAAGAAAAAAAAUGCAAGUAGACCAAGGACUUGGUUUUAAUAUGAUCAACAAAAUUGAAGGAUACCUGUGAAUUUUUAAAUUCUUCUUUGGAUAAUUAACUCAUAAAAAUAAUUUUAAGAGGUCUAGAAAGAAUACUUUAAUUAAAUAUAAACAUCCAAAGAUAUUCAAAAUACAGACUAA